AUGUCAAGUGUCACAACAUUCAAGCAACAUAUUGAAAAUGGGAGUUCUUCUGAUCUCGCUGCUGGUGGUCAAGUAAUGGAUGUUUUUGGGCCAAAUAUCAGUGCUAGCGAUAAAGAAGAUUGGCAACGACAUCGAAGAAUUGUAGCGCCUGCUCUGAAUGAACGGAUCAUGAAGGAAGUUUGGAAUGAAACUUUAACACAGACUCAAGAUAUGAUUUCUGCAUUAUCAAAGCCAUCUAUGAGUAAUGAGUCAAGCUCGAAGAAUGUCACAUUUGAAGGCUUGAGGACCAUUACUAUUAAUGUGAUUGGAUUCGUUUGCUUCGGUACUCAUCGAUCAUGGGGAGAAGCUGCGAGUGCGAAGAUACCCGCAGAAGGGUUCCAAACUACAUUUAUGUCCUCUGUCUUGACUAUAGUCGACAACUUAUUUGCAACCGUCUUCUUACCUACAAAGUACCUUACUUUAUCCUUCAUGCCAGAUAGUAUCAAGAAGAUCGGUAUUGCGAAAAGAGAAUUUCCGCUUCACCUAAACCAAAGUAUAGCCGAAGAAAGACGUUCACCUAGUUCUCGCAAUUCUCUCCUAACUUCUUUGGUGAAGAUUGCCGAUCAGGAUACAAAGUCGUUACUCUCAAAGACCUCAACAUACUUGAAUGAGGAAGAUAUAACCGGCAAUUUGUUCGCUAUGUCGAUUGGAGGUUUUGAUACAACUGCAAAUACGCUUUCAUACUCUAUUAUGUGCUUAGCACUUCAUCCAAUAUGGCAAGAGUGGAUUGUGGCCGAGAUCGACAAAGUCCAAGAAUUGUACCCGGACUCUGAUUACUCAACCACUUUUCCUCUUCUUACACGCUCUCUAGCAAUAAUGUACGAAACUCUCCGUCUCUACACACUCGUCCCCACCAUCGCCCGCAAAACACCUCACCCACAAACCAUCAAAAACAUCAACUUCGCCCCUGAAACCGAAGUCCACCUAAACACCACGGUAAUCCACACCUUACCCUCAAUAUGGGGACGAGAUUCUCUGGACUUCCGACCCUCACGCUUUCUCGAAUCAUCUCCAUCUUCUGAGACAGAAACCUUCCGUGAGCCUCCCAAAGGCACAUUCCUAGCCUGGUCUCACGGACCGCGCUAUUGUCCCGGGAUGAAAAUGUCACAGGUGGAAUUUGUAGGGGUGCUGUAUGAAAUUUUUCGGAAGUGGAAGGUAGAAAUUGUGAGAUGGGAUGGGGAGACGAUGGAGGAUGCGAGGAGGAGAUUGAUGGAGAUUUUGGAGGAUAGUUCGCCGAAAUUGACUCUGCAGGUUAAUAGGCCGCAGGAUGUGGUUUUUAGAUAUGUGGCAAGGACGUAG